CACAUGCGCAGUGACAGCAGCUGUAACCUCGCCAGAGCCGCAUGAGUAGAAACAGAAGGAGGAAAAAAUAGAAUAAGUAAGUGAAUAAAGGUGAAUAAAGAGAGGGUGACGGAGGAGUGAUGAACCAGCUGGAGCGUCCAAGAGACGAGGAGGACCAGGAGGAGUCAGAGUGUUGCUAUGACAACGGUGACGGGACCAACAAUAACAACAACAACAACCGACGCAAGGUGUGUCCAGGUGCAGGUGAACACCCUCUGCAGUAUAACUACACUUUCUGGUACAGUAGAAGAACUCCGAGUCGUCCUGCUAGCUCUCAGAGCUACGAACAAAACAUCCGACAGAUUGGCACCGUGGCAUCGGUGGAGCAGUUCUGGAAGUUUUACAGUCACCUGGUGCGACCAGGUGAUCUGAGUGGACACAGUGACUUCCAUCUGUUCAAGGAGGGAAUCAAACCCAUGUGGGAGGAUGAGUCCAACCGCAGUGGGGGGAAGUGGAUCAUUCGUCUGCGUAAAGGUCUGGCCAGUCGAUUCUGGGAGAACAUCAUACUGGCCAUGCUGGGAGAGCAGUUCAUGGUGGGAGAGGAGAUCUGUGGAGCUGUGGUCUCCAUACGCUUCCAGGAGGACAUCUUGUCGAUCUGGAACAGAACGUCCAACGAUCAGAUGACGACGUCCAGAAUCAGAGACACUCUGAGACGAGUCCUGAACCUUCCAGCCAACACCAUCAUGGAGUACAAGACCCACAAUGACAGCCUCAGGGACAACUCAAGCUUCAGAAACACAAAGAUUUCCCUCUGAAGACGCUGUGAGCCUCUGUCCUCUGUUCAAUCAGGGCGCAGAUCACCCUCGUCUCAUUCUACUCUGUGUGUGUGUGUGUGUGUGUGUGUGUGUGUGUGUGUGUGUGUGUUUUGACUAUGGACCAAUAAACUGA